AUGGCUACCCGCCUGUGGCCCCUGUUAGGGUUUUGCAUUAAGGCCAGCUUGCCUGGUGUCGUAUACUUCGUUUAUGAUCAGGGGCUGCUGGGGUCAAGUUCCGAGGGUCCGGCUGCACUACGAAGGGCACAGGAGACAAUCCCAGUUGUCUUCAACCAUUACUCAGACUUACUUUCGAAGCACAUGGGCGUCCGGCUGGAGCUCCCAUCCACUCCACAUUUCAAUAUUAACCUCCGAGAGAGCUGGAACUCAGGCAUCAACAGCUUGAUGUCUUCACUGUCCAGCGCUCCCGCGACGAUGCAGGCAUACAGUCGUGAAGGCUGGAACUACCUGAAGGGCCAGAAGUGAAGCUCCCACCCGUCAGGCACAUCAGUGGGAAUGGUGGGGGUGAAAGGGCUCGGGUCUCAGGCCCCCAAAGCUGUGGGAUGACCCCUGUCCCCCUGAGGGCAGCUUGUGACCAGGUCCUGCCCAAAUAAAGGACUUUAGAACAAAAAAAAAA